AAUGUUGUGAGUAAGUAUAUCGUUUAUGGUCGAAUCAGAACAACCCAAUAUUGCUAUAUUGAUUGAGGAGGGAGUGCUAGUCUAACUGCCCGUAUGUGGAUAUGCUAAUAGAUCGAGGAUUUUCAUGUCCUGAAAAUAAGAAAGUAGUUUGUCUGCCAUACUGGAUGCUUCGUUGAAUGUGAUGAUGCGCAUUCUAUAUAAGGAGUUGAUUUGCAUCUUUACCUUACGGUUAAAUGUGUACCUUUGUUAGACCUCGACCCGCCUACUCGAGUCUUAGUAUGGAUAUAUUGAAAGAAAUGCUCUAAGUGUUGAAGCUGUGGAGAGGCUAACAACACUAGGGAUUGCUGUAAACUUAGUGACAUAUUUGACUGGAACUAUGCAUUUAGGGAAUGCUUCUUCAGCCAACAAUGUUACCAAUUUUCUUGGAACUUCUUUCAUGCUCACUUUACUUGGUGGUUUUGUCGCCGACACUUUCCUCGGAAGGUAUCUUACAAUUGGUAUCUUUGCCACUGUUCAAGCAAUGGGUGUUACAAUCUUGACCAUCUCAACUAUAAUCCCAAGCCUACGACCACCAAAAUGUGAACAAGUUGGUAGCUCAUCAUGCAUCCCCGCAAAUAGCAAACAACUCAUGGUCCUAUAUAUUGCCCUAUACAUGACGGCCCUCGGCACCGGCGGCCUAAAAUCGAGCGUCUCCGGCUUUGGCACCGACCAAUUCGACGAUUCUGACAAGAAAGAAAAGGGUCAAAUGAUAAAAUUCUUCGAUUGGUUCUUUUUCUUUAUUAAUGUUGGCUCGCUCGGUGCAGUUACGGUAUUGGUUUAUAUUCAAGAUAAUUUGGGAAGAGAGUGGGGUUAUGGAAUAUGUGCAUGUGCUAUUGUUAUUGCACUUGUUGUGUUCUUAUUUGGGACAAGGAAAUAUAGGUUCAAGAAACUUGGGGGGAGUCCAUUGACACAAAUUGCUUCAGUUAUUGUGGCUGCUUGGAAGAAAAGGCAUUUGGAAUUACCCUCAGAUUCUUCACUUCUCUUUGAAAUUGAUGAUAUUUUUGGUGAAGGAAAUAAAAAAAGCAAACAAAAGUUGCCCCAUAGCAAGGAGUACCGAUUCUUGGACAAGGCAGCCAUUAAGGAAGAUGAUGACCUUGAAUCUAAUGGCACUAACGUUGUAAUCAACAAGUGGAAAUUAGCAACCUUAACCGAUGUUGAAGAAGUAAAAAUAUUAAUCAGAAUGUUGCCAACUUGGGCCACAACUAUUAUGUUCUGGACUGUCUAUGCACAAAUGACCACAUUUUCUGUGUCACAAGCUACAACAAUGGAUCGUCACAUUGGAACCUUUGAAAUUCCACCUGCUACACUCACCGUAUUUUUCGUCGGAAGUAUACUCUUGACCGUAAUUUUCUACGAUAGGAUUAUCGUUCCGAUUUGUCGUCGUUUCAUGAAUAAACCUCAUGGACUUACCCCAUUACAAAGAAUUUUCACAGGCCUAGUUCUUUCAAUUUUGGCCAUGAUUGCUGCUGCCCUAACAGAGGUUAAGAGGCUAAAAGUUGCACAUUUGCAUGGAUUGACCAAUGAUGCAAAUGCCACGAUUCCAUUGACUGUAUUUUGGUUAGUUCCGCAAUUCUUGCUAGUGGGCGCAGGUGAAGCAUUUACAUAUAUUGGCCAACUUGAUUUUUUCUUAAGGGAAUGUCCAAAAGGGAUGAAGACAAUGAGUACAGGGCUAUUUUUGAGUACACUUGCACUUGGAUUUUUCUUUAGUUCAAUUUUGGUUACAAUUGUGCAUGUUGUGACUGGGACAACAAAUCCAUGGCUAGCUGAUAAUUUGAACCAAGGGAGGUUAUAUGAUUUCUAUUGGCUUUUGGCAAUAUUGAGUGUGUUUAAUUUGAUGUUUUUCUUGUAUUCCUCAAGAAAAUAUGUGUACAAGGAAAAGAGACUUGCUGAAAUGGGGAUUGAAUUGGAAGAUGAUGGACCGGUUUGUCAUUGAAAUACACAAACUACUCCAUCAUCAACAAGUCUAUUGAAAUAGUCUGUCUAUCUUCGACAACACUGAAAAUGCUAUUGUUACUCCAUCAUCAACAAAAAAUUUAAAAAAAAAAAAGAGUUUUCUCUUCUUUUUUUCUAUAUUUUUGGCUUUAACUUUUGGCUUCUUUGGUUGAGCUUGUAAAAACUCUUUAUUGGAAGAGUUAUGUAACAUAACCUUGUUUUUAAUUAUAUGUACAAAGAAUGGGAAAGAGCUUAGGUAAUGAAAAGGUCUAGAGCUCUUUUAAUUCUUCCUUUCCUUUUUUACUGUAUACCAUAAAUAAUGUAAUGCAAUGCAAUGCAACACAAGGGUUUCAUACUUCUGAAACUUUUUUAUUUUGCUUUAAUA